GUGCUCGACCCAGUGCAGUGUGCUGGUGAGAUGGUGGUAGUACAUAUCCUGUUGCCUCCCAUUUCUACUGCUUGUAACUUUCUUCCAAGAAAUUAGAGAGUUCAGACGCAUACAGUACAGUGUGGUUGUUGCUAGUCGAUCAGUUAUACCAAAGUGUAGAACACUAAUAUAAGCUCAGAUCUACACGAGACCGAACCUCUCGAACCCUUUCUUGCUACAGUAAAUUCCCCACCCUCGACCCCUCUUCCUCCUCGAUUCCGGCGACCUCGUCGCCGGCGGCGGGAGGGAGAGGGGUCGUCCCCCCUCCCCCAUAGUAGUUACGUAGUCGGGCUAGUCUCGUUAGGUCGGGUUCUUCCCGUUUUCUUCUCGUUAGUGAGGCGAUGGAAGUUGGAGAUGGCGGCGGCGACGCGAUUGUGACCAGCGACGGUGGAGGCGACGAGGUUACGGCUCGCAACUGCGAUGGCGACGCGGAUACGACCCGAGGCGACGGCGGCCGCGCAGAUCCAGUCCGUGGCGGCAGCGGCGGCGCGGAUCAGUUCCGCGGCGGCGGCGACGACGUGGUUGCGGCCCGAUGUGACGGCGGCGGUGCGGAUCCAGUCCGCGGUGGCAGCGGCGGCGCGGAUCAGGUCCGCGGCGGCGGCGACGAUGUGGUUGCGGCCCGACGUGACGGCGGCGGCGCGGACGCGGCCCGUGGCGACGGCGGCAGCACGGAUCCAGUCCUCAGCGGCGGCUGCGGCGCGGACGCGGCCCGCGACGACGGUGGCGGCGCGAGGGCCGUCUCCUGCGUCGUUGCUUCCAGUUGCAGCUCACCCUUUCUCGUUGCUUCCAGUUUCAUGGUGCAGGCCAUCUCUUCCUCAACCAUCUCCAUCAUCUCAGCAAGACAAGUUGAUUUGCAGCCAUUCAAGUGCUCCAUCGUUGAAGGUUGGCUGCUCUUCGGAUUCACCCUUCCUGUUGUUCCCUAACAGAAGAAACCAUGCUGGGUUUGUCAUUCGGGUUGAGCUCGAACCAUCUGCGCAAUUUCAGUUGACAGGGUUGAUGUUAGAGCUCCUCAGAUUCAAUGAUGAGCCUCGUGGGGAUCCUUCGCUGAGUCCAGUGAUGCACACACCAAAAUCUACGGCUCAGCAACAAACCUCGGUCUUGUGCCGUUUCCGUGGAGGCAGCUGAUGGGGAUUAACGGUUUGUCAAGCGGAGUGCACAUCUUUUGAGGCCCAGGGUAGCAGUCGUCGCGGCUUCGCCGCAGAUCCCUAUCGACUUGCUCCUUUUUCUGCUAUUAGGUUAUUUCAGGAAGAUUGAUUUCGUAGUUCAGUUAACCCUCCCUUCUCAGGGGUGGCUCUUUUGCUUUCAGCUUUUAUCCUUGGUUAUGUAAUGGGGUUUAUCCCCUAAUUCUGCUCUUGCUUAACAAAGUUGAUGUGUUUUAAAAAAAAAGAACACUAAUAUUGGUUGUUGUGAUGAAAGUCAUAAGUAUGGUUCUACGUA